AUGGCUCUUCUAACUUUCCACCAACAUUCGCUAGUCUCCAUUUCUUCAUCUUCCACACUUUCAAAAUCCUUUCUUUUUCACCAAAAUCCCCUUCCUCGUAAACUUUCUUGUCGCCGGAGUUUUCCCAACUGUCUUUCGCCGCCGACGCUAUUCACCACAGAUUAUCAGAAACCCAUUUCGCGGAAUGUCUCUCAUUACUCACCUUUAGCUGUUAGAUGCAGAGGCCAUAACGAAUCUCGUUCUUCUGAGUUCACCGGAGAUGAAAAGACCGAAACUUUACAGAAAAUGGAGGAUUUAGAGAUUACCCACGAAGCUAAAAAGGGAAAGAGUUUCUGGGCUGCCGUUAGUUUGAUCAUCGGAACCGCCGUUGGUCCCGGAAUGCUCGGUCUCCCAGCUGCAACUAUCAGAUCUGGUUCGAUACCAUCGACCAUUGCUCUACUUUGUUCUUGGGUUUACGUAAUCUCAUCUAUUCUUCUAGUGGCUGAGCUUAGCUUUGCAGCUAUGGAAGAAGACAAUGCAGCAGAGGUUAGCUUCACAGGGCUUGCAACGAAGUCAUUUGGGAACCAAUUUGGAGUUUUUGUAGCUUUUGUCUAUGCUUCAUUGAGUUUCUCUUUGAUGGUUGCUUGUGUCUCUGGUAUUGGCUCCAUUGUGUCUCAAUGGUUUCCUUUAAUGAAUCCAUUCUUGGCCAAUGCUUUAUUCCCUCUAGUUUCCGGAAUCUUGAUCGGGUUUUUCCCUUUCAAUGCCAUUGAUAUCACAAAUAGGUGUCUCUGUUUCCUCAUGCUCUUCUCUAUAACUUCACUUGUGGCAAUAGGUUUGUCUGUGGCUAGGUCCAAUGUGUUAGCCUCAUUUGGUCAGUCGUGUUGGAAAGUAUCGACGGUUUUACCUGCGGUUCCUGUUAUGGUACUGACACUGGGGUUUCAUGUUAUCACUCCUUUCAUAUGCAAUCUCGCAGGGGAUUCGGUUUCAGAUGCUCGGAGAGCUAUUCUUGUAGGCGGUGUUGUGCCAUUGGUUAUGGUGUGUUCAUGGAAUCUCAUUGUUUUGGGGCUUGCAAGAAUCAAUGUUCCUGUAUCUUCUUCACCCAUUGACCCAAUCUCUCUUCUUCUAUCUGUAAACCCUUCUGCUUUAUCUGCUGUUCAAGGCUUUGCUUUCUCAGCCUUAGCCACUAGUUUAAUCGGAUACGCUGUUAGCUUCCCGAAACAACUCCUUGAUACAUGGAAGCUUGUGUCUAACCAAUCAAAUGGAAAUGGAAAUGGUAGAACUGGGUCGGUAAGUUUCUCAUCGAAAGCAGGUAAUAAGAGAACUGAUGGGAGAGUUUCAUACAGUGAACCAGCAAGAGCUCAUGAUGGAUUUGAAGCAGUAGUGAUGCUGUUUGUGCUUGGAGUUCCAGCUCUAAUUGCAACAUUCUUUCCCUCAACGUUUUCGAAAGCUCUGGAUUUUGCUGGUGUUUACGCAAACUGCUUCCUCUUCGGCAUCCUCCCUCCUGCAAUGGCUUAUAUUCAACAGUCUAGAAAGAAGCUCAGGUCAUGGGUUCUUCCCGGAGGCAACUUUACCUUGUUGAUCUUGUUCGUAAUCGCCAUUAUUCUGGGAAUAUGGCAUUAG